AUGACCACCACAUCACCCAACCCGCCCUUGGUCUUGAAGAAGGCAGUUUUUGUAUCUACACACGAUCGAGAAGGUCUUUGUUCUGCGCGCCUUCGUAUCGCCUAUGAUAACAAUGCUAAUCAAGGAUCCAUUUCCCUUAUGAUUAAGGCGGAUCUCGCUAAUAUGAGCGGCAGAUUGCAGCUGCUGACGUUUAAUGUUCCUCCAGCAUCAGUCGAAAAAUGUGCAUUAGCCCGGAUAAGCAACGACAGCCUCUGUUCAUCACAUUGGAUUGGCAUGCUCCCAGCGUCUGUCACAAGUGUUUCGGACGUGUCAACACUGAGUCUGACACUCAGGACGACCGGCAUUGUUCUUUGUCCAUCUGGGAUGGAGACUAUAAGCCCAACCGAUCCAAACGACCCGAAUUUUUGCGCAUUUGCAAAGAUCUGUAAAUCCAAAUCUCUACAUCUACACUUCUCUACACGACAAUUUGUGAAAGACGAACUUGAUCAGCUGGAGAGAUUCUCCUUUGCCCUGCAAAAAAGAAGUCUUCAGGCAGAGACCUUCAACCACGCUCGCCAGGGCGUGGUCAAGAGAGAUUGGCGUGCCUUUGGUCUGUCACUCGAUCCACCCCCAUAUUCUAAGGAGCUCGUGUCCGAUCAGGCGGAGCAAGUGGAUCCACCCCUAUAUCGUGAGGAAUUCGGGUCCGAGCAGUUGGUUGAAAAACGGUGCAGAGGUAUCUUGUCAUCUCAUCACCAGUGGCCGAUGCCACCUGACGAUGAAAGACGAAAAAGACUGCGCCUUCUAUCCCCACCACUGCUAGGCUCUCCCACCGAAGUAAAUACGCCGAGUACUCUCUCACUGUCACCGGCCUCAAUCCGCCCAACUUACUUUACUCAUUAUUCUUCCCCUGGCCGCACAGACCGUAACAGACUUGCGCGUCUUGAACAUGAGCUCCGUGGUGUUUCCGAUGACUUGAUCUGCAAAUUGUUAAUCCGUAUAGGACGCCAACAUCUCUUGGCCAUACCAGGAGAGGUAGACAGUGAUCUGCCAUUUGAGUCUGAGAAAGUCAGUUUUACUAAUGUCGAGCUGAUUGAACGCCGCCUCGAACGAUAUGUCGAUGUGAUGAUUGAGCGCCGCCUUAAAUCACGUGUUGUCGACGAGAUUGUCGAUGGUGCUGUGAGCGAAUGUCGUGAUCAGAUCUUCGACGAAUACAAAACGAACGAAGCCGAGUUUCGCGAGCAGGUCGACGAUGGUAACUCCGAGGUACGCAUUACGACCAAUGAAUGUAUGAAGGAAAUGAAAGAACAAGCGCAAAAGUACAUGCAUGAAAUAGAAGAACAAGCUCAACAGUGCAUGAAUGAUAUCGAGAAUCGGGGAAUCGAGGCUGAGAUGGCCGUGGAGGACAAGGUCGCAAAGUUCAAGCGCUGGUUCAAUGCUUCUGCCCAACCCUUACUUGAUAGCAAGUCAAACCCUAGCCAUGAGCUGCAUACUCAUGCCAGACGCAGUUCCAUUUAGUUUUAGUACUAGACCCUUACCUUUUAUGUGAGUUGAAAUGCCAGUUGAUCAUGUUAUAAAUU